UCCGUGCUGCCCAGGGCGCCGAGGUGUGUCCUGCAAGGCGGGAGCUGGAAUUGAGUUACAGUUGAGGGGGAGGGGCAGUGGGUAGAGCCUGGCCUCUUGCCAGGCCUAGCACUGCCCACAAGCAGGGUGAAGGAAGGUGCAGGAGCCGUUUCCAGAAGCCUAGGAUGGACGUCAACCAGGGCCUCCCAGCCAUCGACAGCCACAGAGCCCUCCAAAUAUGGAUUACUGAGAACGUAAAGAUGCUGCCACUGCCUGAAAGGGCCCAUGGGAAUUUCUUUGAGGAAUGCUGCUAUGUCAUCCUCCAUGUCCCUCAGGGUCCAGAGGCGACCCGGGGAGGGUCCAGCGACCUGCACUACUGGAUCGGAAAGGAGGCCAGCGCAGAGGCUCAGAGGGCUGCCGUCACCUUUGUGCAGCACCUGCAGGAGGCUCUAGGAGACCGGGCCGUGCUGCACAGAGAGUCUCAGGGCCACGAGUCCGACUGCUUCCACAGCUAUUUCCACCCCGGAGUCAUCUACAGGAAGGGAGGCAGAGCCUCGGCUCUCAAGCAUGUGGACACCAACACCUACAAUGUCCAGCGGCUGCUCCACAUCCUGGGGAGGAAGCACGUGUCUGCCACAGAGGUGGCCUUAUCCUGGAACAGCUUUAAUAAGGGGGGAAUCUUCCUGUUGGACCUGGGCAAGGUGAUGAUCCAGUGGAAUGGACCCAAAACCAGCAUUUCCCAGAAAUCACGGGCGCUGACCCUGACUUGCAGCCUCAGGGACAGGGAGCGUGGUGGCCGUGCCCAAAUUGGAGUAGUGGAUGACGAGACGGAAGCCGCUGACCUCGUGGGCAUCAUGGAGGCUGUGCUGGGCCGCCGAUCAGGCAGCCUGUGUGCUUCUGUGCCCAACAACAGUGUUAGCCAGCUACAAAAGGCCAACGUCCGUCUCUACCAUGUCUUCGAGAAGGGAACGGACCUGGUGGUCCAGGAACUGGCCACGCGCCCACUGACCCAGGACCUCCUACAAGAGGAUGGCUGCUAUCUCCUGGACCAGGGUGGCUUCAGGAUCUAUAUGUGGCAGGGACAAAAGUCCAGCCCCCAGGAGAAGAAGGCUGCCUUGAGCAGGGCUGUGGGCUUCAUGCAGGCCAAAGGCUACCCGAACUACACCAACGUGGAGGUGGUGAACGAAGGCGCAGAGCCCACGGCCUUCCAGCAGCUCUUCCGGACGUGGUCGGCGGAAUCAGAGAGGAAAAAAGGCGGCGGGAAGAGUAAACGGAGGCAGGUAAAACCGGACGUGGGCAAGCUGCACAGCCAGCCUGAGCUAGCGGCCCAGCUCAGGAUGCCGGACGAUGGCUCUGGCAAGGUGGAGGUGUGGUGCAUCCAGGACUCCCAGAGGCAGCCUGUGGGGCCCAAGCACCAUGGCCAGCUGUGCUCAGGAAACUGCUACCUCACCCUCUACACAUACCAGCAACUGGGCCGAGUCCAGCACAUCCUGUACCUAUGGCAGGGCCACCAAACCACCACAGAAGACAUCAGGGCCCUGAACUGCAAUGCUGAGGAACUGGACCUCAUGUACCAGGGGACACUGGUGUGGGAACACGUGACCAUGGGCAGAGAGCCCCCACACUUCCUAGCCAUCUUCCAGGGGAAGCUGGUGAUCUUCCAGGGGGGUGCAGGAAACAAAGGGAAGAGGCCGCCGAUAUCGGGCACGCGGCUUUUCCAUGUGCAAGGGACGGACAUCCACAACACCAGGACCAUGGAGGUGCCGGCCCGUGCCUCCUCCCUCUCGUCCAGUGAUAUCUUCUUUCUGAUCACAACUGAUGUCUGCUACCUCUGGUUUGGGAAGGGCUGUAACGGGGACCAGCGUGAGAUGGCGCGGAUGGUGGCCACCGUCUUCUCAGGGAACGACAAGGAAACGGUGCUGGAGGGUCAGGAGCCUCCCCACUUCUGGGAAGCUCUCGGAGGCCGGGCCCCCUACCCCAGUGACAAGAGGCUUCCCGAGGAGGUCUGCAGCACCCAGCCACGACUGUUUGAGUGUUCCGGCCACUCGGGCUGCCUGGUCCUCACGGAAGUGCUGUUCUUUGGCCAAAAGGACUUGGACAAGUAUGACAUCAUGUUGCUAGACACCUGUCAGGAGAUCUUCCUGUGGCUCGGGGAAGCUGCAGGCGAGUGGAAGAAGGAAGCCGUGGCCUGGGGCCUCGAGUACCUGAGGACUCAUCCAGCGGAGAGGAGCCUGGCCACACCCAUCGUUCUGGUCAAGCAGGGCCAUGAGCCUGCCACCUUCACCGGGUGGUUCGUCACCUGGGACCCCUACAGGUGGACGAACAAUCAGUCCUAUGAGGAGGUGAUGGAGAGCAGCCUGCGACCAGGGCCUGCCAUCUCUGAGAUAACAGCAGAAGUCCAUAGCUUCCAGCUAACUCCACCGCCGAGUGAUAACAAGGCAGGCCACUCGACGCCGCUGGUCCUCAAGGUGUCCCAGGACGGCCCAGAGAAUGGGUUGGAUCCCGGCAUCGGGGUUGAUGGCAAGAGCCCCAGCCCGAACCCCACAAGUAGCAGCAGCAGCUCGACGGCCAAUGGGAGCCUGCCCCGGGAAAGGCUGAUGUACCAGGCCGUGGAGGACCUGCCACAGGGGGUGGACCCUGCCAGAAAGGAGUUCUACCUCUCAGAUUCAGACUUCCAAGACAUCUUUGGGAAAUCCAAGGAGGAGUUCUACCGCAUGGCCAAGUGGAAGCAGCAGCAAGAGAAAAAGAAGCUGGGAUUCUUCUGAUCUGGGGAAACCUGCCCUUCAUGCCCGGAGUCUCCUCCUGGGGUGACGCCCCCAAUAAAGCCAGUGGCUGCUGUC